ACCGUCCGUUUACUACUGCUAAUGCCUCUCUUUGAAAUCUGGGAAAGUCCGGAAAUAUGCAACUGGUUGUCCAUAGGGGGAAACAUGCUUCUUUUGCGAUAGCUGUAACCUUUGCCUUUCUUGCAGCCAUCUCCAAUAUAAUUGGAUUCGUUUCUCCAUACUGGAUUGUUUCGAAGUCAGAUUCAAACAUCGGAUUUCAAAGACUUGGCCUAUGGGAAGUUUGCUUCGAGAAUUUCAUCUUUCCAGAAGAUUAUGUGUCUAAGGCCUAUCAGGGAUGUUGGUACAUUUACUAUCCUGAAUAUAAGUAUAUCAGAUUCUGGCUUAAUCCACGUAAGCACAUAUAUCAUCUAGUCGACCAGUCAAAUGACCUGAUUUAUGUACAGACAGUUUGAUUCAUAUAUAUAUAUAUAUAUGACGCGGUUUAGCCAGAGUAGCUAAAUAUUGACUUUGUGGUUUUUACUGAAUUAUGGAAAUAGAUAUGUUCGCUAAAUGUUUUUGGUUUCAUGGUUGAGGUACAGUACUCUAUAUGUUAUGCUUGAGACGCAAGUGUAUGAUUCACAACGUACUUUUGUUUUUUGAUAAAUUUGAAGGGUUUGGUAGCCGACGAGUUAGACAAAAAUUUUCUGGGCUAAUAGGAAACUUGAUCUUGGUUCUAUGUUGUUCAAAUAUUGUCAAUUAUUUGUCUGAUAUGCAAUUUGGCUGGACUUUUGAUGAUCAUCCUUAUUUUGUGCGAAGUUUAUGGAACUAAAGAAAGGAAACCUCAUUUUAUCAUUAUCGGUUUACAGUCCAUUGCUCUUGCCUGUUUUGUAAUCAUCACUAUAUAUAUGGGAGUUAUGAGUAAAGAUCGUGGAUGGUUACCAAGACCUGAUUUAAACAUGCUGUCUUGGAGCUUUGCAUUUGCUGUGUUGGCUGGAUUUUUUACAGUCUUUUGUCUUUUCGGUUUGGUGACACAUUAUUUAUCAGUCGAAAGUAAACGGUUAAUGCAAGAUCCUAUUAUGCGACAAAAACUACUCGGAAGUGAGGGAUACUAUAAAUCUCAGAGACAACUUUCACAUUACGAUGUUACUGAAAAAGGUGGUGUUGGCGCUCCAACAGAAUCAAAACUUGGCGGUACUGGCACAGUUCCUUCACUCUUCACAACAGUUCCUUCAACUUUUGCUGGUUAUCAGCCUGGAUCACAAACUGGUCCGACUAGUACUCUUAUGGCUCCUGGUAUGUCGAGUAUUUUGAGCAGAAGUACUAUAGCUCCAGGAGCUGUAGGAGGAAAUGCAGCUGGAACAUCUGCAGCUACUGUGUCUGCUAAACUGAGAGAAUCACUAGAAGCUCAGAGGAUUGCUGUUUUGGAGGCGAAUUUACGCGCAGCAGAAAGUGAAUUAACUCAAAAAGCAGAAAAUGUUUAUGCUCCAACUUCAGCACAGUCUUUAUAUAUGCCUAAUAUUAAAACUGAAUCAAGAUAUGAUGGGACUAUGCCAAGGCAAGCAAGACCUCAUAGUUCUGUUUCUCAUCUACAAUCCAAUGUUGCUAUGGAUUCAGCUGUAUAAUUCAAAGUAUAAUUUGUUUUAGAUAAUUUCUUACU